UUUAUUGACAUCUAUCUUAGAAAUCAUGGAUCUCUAUUAGCUGUAGAGUUACUGAAGAUUGUAUGGAUGUUAAUGAAUGUCACGCUGCGUGUGAGAACGAACCUCGUGUGGCGUGCCGCGUCACGCCGCGUGUCGUUUCGCUGGCGCGUUGUCGAACAUGGCUGGAGUGACGACAAUCGCGGAUAACGACGACCCAGAAACGAGGAGGCCACAAUUCGGAACGCGGAAUUUACCGCACGAUGGAAACGUCUUCCAGCACAAUGCAUGGGAUAAUGUUACAUGGGAUGAAGAACAAGAGAAGUUAGCGCAACAGAAAGUAGAUGAAAAUUCUACUAUUACGAUGUCAUCUGAGCAACUCUUUAAAUAUGAAAUUGAAGCAGAUAAAUAUUGGGACAAAUUUUAUGGAAUACAUAAUAAUGGGUUUUUUAAAGACAGGCAUUGGUUGCUAAUUGAGUUUCCAGAACUGGCACCUAAUACCAUAAAACAGGACAUGGAAAGGCCCAUGAGAGCUGCAUUUACAGAUGAAGAUAAAAAAUGUGGUGAAAAACACAUAAAAAUCCUCGAUUUACCAUGUAAAGACAAUUGUAGAAUAUUGGAAAUAGGAUGUGGUGUAGGAAACACUGUAUUCCCUAUACUCAUGUAUAAUACAGACCCAAAGCUGUUUAUAUAUUGUUGUGAUUUUUCGGCGAAAGCCAUUAAUAUAUUACAACAAAAUCCUACAUAUAAUGUAGAUAGAUGUAAAGCAUUUGUUUUGGACGUAACUCAAGAAAUGUGGACAACUCCUUUUGAGCCUGAAAGUUUAGACAUCAUCGUUCUUAUAUUCGUAUUGUCUGCCAUUCAUCCUGACAAGAUGCAACAUGUUAUGCGGCAAAUGUACAGGUAUCUUAAACCAGGUGGAAUAAUUUUAUUUCGUGAUUAUGGCAGACACGAUUUAGCGCAAUUGAGAUUUAAGAAGGGUAAUUGCCUCGGUGAGAAUUUCUAUGUGCGUGGAGAUGGCACCAGAGUGUACUUUUUUUCUCAAGAGAAUAUUAGAAAAUUAUUUACCGGUAAUGGUUUCAUCGAGGAACAAAACUUCAUGGACAGAAGGCUGCAAGUUAAUAGAGGUAAACAGUUGAAAAUGUAUAGAGUAUGGGUACAGGCGAAAUAUCGAAAGCCGUCGUAGAAGCUACUUAAUGUGAAUAUCGUUAUCGAAUUUCUACUAAAAAUCUAAGAUUUAUGAUAAUAAUCAGUAAAUAAAAUAAUAGAAAUAUAUUUUUAUAUAUUGUUCUCGAGAUUUUAGAUGUUUACUCAAUGUACACUAAAAAUCGAUUUUCAUUUUAAACAUAA